AAGUUGAUUAAAUAUAAAAGCAUCAUUACAUCGGCGUUAAAGUUUGUUAUUGUUGUAUUGUAUUGAUUAGUAAUAACUGCUUUUAAAAGAUAUUUUAUUACAAUUUUUAUUUAAUAAAGAAAUAAGAAGUUAUCAAAAAAGAAGUGAAAAAUAUAAAGGAAAGUUAAUUAAAUAUAACAGAAUUUUUAUACAAAAAUGAUAUUCUUAGUUUAAUGAAACUAUAUAUUUUCUAUUAAAAAGUAUUUAUUAUUAAAUAAAAAUAUGGAUUCUGCUACUGAAUCAGAGCAUAUAGAAAAAUUAAUAAAAGAAGCUGAAAGCUUAAAAAUUCGUUUAGAAGAUGAACGACAGAAAUUAAAUGAUAUUACUCUUGCUAGUGUAGCAGAUAGAUUAGAAACCAUUAGUUGGAUUAAUGUAAAACCACGUCGUGUUCUAAAAGGUCAUCAAGCAAAAGUUCUUUGUUCUGAUUGGUCACCAGAUAAACGUCAUAUUGUAUCUUCUUCACAAGAUGGCAAAAUGAUAAUAUGGGAUGCUUUUACAACAAAUAAAGAACAUGCUCUUACUAUGCCAACCAUUUGGGUAAUGGCUUGUGCUUAUGCCCCAAGUGGUGCUCUUGUUGCUUGCGGAGGAUUAGAUAAUAAAGUUACUGUAUAUCCUUUAAGUCAAGAGGAUGAUGUAUCAACUCGUAAAAAAACUGUUGCUACACAUACAUCUUAUAUGUCUUGUUGUGUAUUUCCUAAUAGUGAUCAACAAAUUUUAACGGGUAGUGGAGAUAGCACUUGUGCUUUAUGGGAUGUAGAAAGUGGCCAAUUAUUACAAAGCUUUCUUGGUCAUUCAAGUGAUGUCAUGUCUAUUGAUUUAGCACCAAGUGAAACUGGUAAUACAUUUGUUUCUGGUAGUUGUGAUAAAAUGGUUUUAAUAUGGGAUAUGCGAACUGGUCAAUGUGUUCAAAGUUUUGAAGGACAUCAAUCUGAUGUAAACUCUGUAAAAUUUCAUCCAGGUGGUGAUGCAGUAGCAACAGGUUCUGAUGAUGCAACUUGUCGACUUUUUGAUUUACGUGCAGAUAGAGAAAUAGCAAUUUAUGCAAAAGAAAGUAUAAUAUUUGGAGCAAAUGCAGUUGAUUUAAGCAUUAGUGGACGAUUACUUUUUGCUGGUUAUAAUGAUUAUACUGUAAAUAUAUGGGAUACUCUAAAAUGUCAGCGAGUUGCAUUUUUAUAUGGACAUGAAAAUCGAGUAUCUUGUUUACGAGUUUCUCCAGAUGGAACUGCUCUCUCUACUGGAAGCUGGGAUUCAACUCUAAGAGUGUGGGCUUAAUUUUAAUAAAAUUACAUCUAUAAUCAUUAAAUAAAAGUUAAAAUUUUCUCUAUAUAGAAUAUAAAUUUUAAUAUAAUAUUGUACAAUAUUACAUUUAAUAUUACAUUACAUUUUAUUUUUAAUUGAGUUUUUAAAAUAAUAAGAUAUAUCAAAUAUUGUAAUAUAAAAAUAUUGUUAUAAUUAUUAUAUCGUAGAAAAUAAAUGGAAAUAGAAAUUAUAAUUGUCACAAUUACAACAAUGUGAUAGCUUAAAAUUAAUAAUUUUUAGGCUGGUCCUAAUUUAUAGAAUAUUCUGUAAAUUAUCUAUUUAAUUAAAUAUAUUAUUAUCUUGUAUAAAAUUUAAUAAAAAUUCAAUUCAUGCAUA